AUGUACUCUGUCGCCUGGGCGCCCAUCCUGGUCAGCGCCGCCGCAGCCUAUGUGCAGACGGGCGCGUUUGCGCCUGCCCGCACCCUGCUGCUGUGCCUGGCAGCCACCGCCAUCAUUGCCUGGCUGAACCUCAGCAAUGACGUGUUUGACAGCGUGACGGGAGUGGACAAGACCAAGCCCGAGAGCGUGGUCAACCUGCUGGGGGGCGACGCGCGCCUGGUCUUCCUCCUCGCCACUGCCAUGCUGGCAGCCGGCACGGGCCUGCUCUUCUGGCUGCUGCACGGCGUGGGCAACCCGCUGGCCGCCCGCAUGCUGUAUGCCGCCAUUGCCAUGGGAUACGUGUACCAGGGGCCGCCGUUCAGGUGGAGCUACCUGGGGCUGGGCGAGCCGCUGUGCUUCCUGGCCUUUGGGCCGCUGGCCACCUGCGCCUUCUACUUUGCCCAGGUCCCGCCGGCGCAGGCCGUGUUCAACCAGAUGAUUGUGGCGCUGUCGGGCCUGGUGGGCAUCACCACCACCGUCAUCCUCUUCUGCGCACACUUCCACCAGGUGGAGGGCGACCGCAAGCACGGCAAGCUGUCGCCGCUGGUGCGGCUGGGCACCGAGAAGGCCACAGAGGUGCUCAAGUUUGUGGUGGGGUUCACGCACAUUGCCACGCUGGCGAUGGGCCUGCUGGGGGUGCUGCCCUUUGCCUGCUGGACUUCCGCCAUGGUGGCCUACGGCCUGGCGGGGGAGAUGGUGAAGCUGGCGGAGACAAACGCGCAGAAUCCCGAGGGCCUGCGCCCGCUCAAGUUCCUGGCCACCCGCUGGCACAUCGCCUUCAGCUCCAUGCUCAUCCUGGGCCUGCUGCUCUCCACCCUGAUGUGA